AUGGCUUUCCAGUACAAGCGAAUCCUCCUCGUCGGUGCCACCUCUGGAAUUGGUGCAGCCUUGGCGGACAAGCUCAUCACCGAGGGAGGACCGAAUGUACAUGUCAUCGCCGUCGGCCGUCGUCAGGAGCGUCUCGAUGCCUUUGUCGCCAAGCACGGCCCGGAGCGAGCCAGCGCCAUCCGGUUCGAUGUCACCGACAGGGCUGGCCUCGAUGCCUUUGUCAACAAUGUCGUCCAGACAUACCCUGACCUGGACUGCGUCUUCCUCAACUCGGGCACCCAAAGCCGGCCGAAUCUCACUGAGUCUGAAGAAAUCGACCUCGAAGCUUUCCACUACGACUUCCAGGUGAACUAUACGUCCAUCGUGAACCUCAUCCUCAGGUUUCUGCCUCACCUCCAGAAGAAGGAUUACCCGACCGCCCUGAUUGUCACAGGAUCUACUCUCGCUGUCAUCCCCGCGUUUGUUCUGCCAUCAUACAGCGCGUCCAAAGCGGCGCUCAAGGCCUUUUUCGAAUCUGUUCGGCGACAAUACCAGGGUGUCUCAAAGAUCAAGUUUAUUGAGAUUCUGCCUCCCGCUGUUCAAACUGAGCUCCAUGAUUACAUGGGUCUUGAGCGCGGCCGAGCCCUGGGCAUGCCCCUUGCAGAGUUUACCGAAAAAGCGUACGCCGGGCUUGUCGAAGGCAAGGAGGAGAUUCUCGUCGGACACGUGAACGGCGCUUCCUUGGAGGAUACCAACGACUUUUUGGCGAAGAGGGCCAAACUGUUUGACGCCCUUUCUAAGCAACUGGUGGCUCACUUCAAGCCCUAG